ACUGGCUGCUCCGCUCGGAGUCUUACUCUGAGGUAAAUAGACUCUGCGGCGGCGGCGGCGCAGGCGAUAACUUGCCUCACACUUUGACUCCACGGCUCAGCUCCACGUCGACCCUUCAGGAAUGAUGCGACCCAAAGAUUUACGCCAGGGAUCCGGCACCAAGACCUUCCUGGAAGCCAUGCACGGCGGGAAGGUCCACCUGGCGCGCUUCAUCCUGGACGCCUUGGACGGACGCAUCACCAACUCAAAGACGGAGCGGAGCCGCACCCCGCUGAUGUUCGCCGCCUGCCUGCAGGACCACGGCACCCGGGCCAAGUUCACGCGGAUGCUGCUGGAGAAAGGCGCCGACGUCAACUGCCAGGACGAGGACGGGCGCACGGCCCUGAGUCACGCCUGCGAGGCGGGUCACCUGGACGCCGUGAAGCUGCUGGUGCAGUUCAGCGCCGACCCGGACGUCUCUGACGCCUGGGGCAACACCUCCCUCAUGUACGCGGCCCACUACGGCCACAGCCAGGUGGUGGAGUUCCUGGUGAGAGCUUUUAAAAGGCUCGGACUCAGGCUGGACAGAACCAACCACGCCGGCCACUCGGCCGUCGAGGUGGCCAACUUUUUCGGACACAACCAGUGCGUGCAGAUUCUGAACUUUUCCUGCAGGAGGAGCGUUGCCGCCGACGACCCGCUUGUUGAUGCGAACGAGGGCGACGCGCGGCUUCCCAGCCGGAUCCCCAGGCAGGUUCUGGACAGGUUCUCCAAGCAGCUGAGCGGUGACGACCAGCUGCCCAGGCUGUGUCCGAGGCAGCGGAGGAUCGGCGCCGGCGCCGGCCUGUGGAGCCACUUCCGAUGCUCCAGGAGCCAGUCUCAGGAGGACGGGCACCGGCACAGCUGGGCUCUGCCUCCUCAGCUGGAGGGGGGCGAUCGCAGCGUCCUCUUCACCGCCAAACAGCUGCAGAACUGCCAGCUCCGGGAGCUGAGGGGGACGAAGGCGCUGAACUCGCUGCCGGAGCAGAGCCAGAGAGGCGUCGGCCGCGAGCGGAGGCCCGAGAGCCUGUCCCUCUGGGGCAAAGCCCAGUCCUUCAACCUGGAGCUGCUGGGCGGCAGGAAGCAGUCGUACCAGGGCGACGCGCAGGACAUGAGCCGCUCCGCCAGCAAGUUAAAGAGAGCCUCGCUGCAGGACGAGAGAUGCCUGAUCGAUAAGACGGAAUGUCCCGGUACCGCCGGCGGCCGGAGGACGGACUCAGACAAGGCCGAGUCGGCGCUGAAGCCCCCGCUGAACGGCAAGAACCCGCCCCUGAGGGCGACGGAGGCGCUCAAAGCGCCGAAGGACGAGGACGCGGCGCCGGCGAAGCGGGGCGGCCUCGGCGCCGCCGGCAGAACCUGCCGACUGCUGCCGGCCCGAGAGGAGCCGGAGCCGGGCCGCGCGCCGGCGCUGCCGGGCCUGGGCACGCGGCUGCUGCGGCGCUUCACCGCGCCCGAGUUCCUGCGCAUGGUGAAGGACUGCUCGUCGGGCGCCUCCUCCGGCGCCAGGGGCCGGAUGUCCCGCUCCGAAACCUUUCCCCUCUCGCACACGCACCAGCAGGUCAACAGCCAGCCCAGCGUGGACAGCAUCAGCGCAGUGAGGUGCGAGUUCGAGAGCUCGUCUCAGUCGGCGCUGGAGUAGAGAACGCGGUUUGCUCAGUACGAGAGGUUGGAGGCUAAUUAUACACAUUCACAGACAGUUUUACUGAUCCACACGUUUGUAAAUCAGCUACUGAAAAUAAAUAUUUUUGUGUAUAUAAAAGAUUUCUAUUGUUUGGAAUUUGUGUUAAAUAAUUGCUGUUGUGUUUAUAAAAAUAUCUGUAUUUUUGCUUAAAGAUAUUCAGUGACUGUGCAUCGUAUGAUUCAUGUUGAAGACCUAAUAAAUACUGUAAAACACUG